CAUCCACAUCCAUCAUCUCAACCACUCCUCCGCACCGCGAAACAUCACCAAUCAUGCCAUGACAUCCGCUCUCCCCGAACCUGGAAACCUGACCAUCUACCCCGAUUACUGCCAAAGCCUCUCGCCCACGAUCGGGAAAUGGGUCCCCUUGAGCGCGAUAGAUGUCUCUGGAUUGAGAGACGUGGGGGUGUAUUGUGAACAGAGAAAGCUGUACCAUUUCCUCAACCACCCUGUAAAAUGGGUUAAGAUCACCGGCGUGGUGGUCGCGAUCGACGAGGUUCGAGAGAAGAAGGAGAAUAAAGACAAAAAGAUCUUCACGCUAGAUGAUAGCAGUGGGGUGUGUGUCGAAGUCACAGUUCCUGCUCCGCCUGUUUUCGAAGCUCCUGAUGCAGGGAAGAAGCAUUUGGGGCAGCUUGCGAAGCUUCAGGAAGGGAAGGGCGACAAGAAAGAGGAUUCUACACCAUCGACCGAGAACCCGGUUGUGCCGUGGGCGGAGAUCGAUGUCGGGACAGUGAUCAAGGUUAAGGGGAGGGUUAAUAUGUGGUGGAAGGAGUUUCAGGUAGAGGGGGUUAAAAUUGAGGUUGUGAGGGGGUUGGAUGCGGAGGUUAGGGCGUGGGAUGAGGUUAGGGAGUUUAGGGAGACGGUUUUGGGGGUACCGUGGGUUGUUGGUAAGGAGGAGGAGGAGAGGUGUAGGAAGGUGAGGGAGAGGGAAUUGAGGAGGGCGAAGAAGAGGCCUAGGGAGGAGAAGGGGAAGGCGCGUGUUGAGGAGAGGAAGGAUAAAGUGCAGCGCGGUGGGGAAGUUAGGAAGCGGAAGGAUUUGGAGAGGGUGCAGAAAUUGGAUGGGGUUGUUAAGAGGAGAAAAGAUACGGAGGGCGAAAGUCUGGGCUCGAAGAACAAGAUUAAUUAUCCUUCGAUGGCGGUGAGGAAAGCUGCUGCUGGGAAGUAUGAUGCUUUGGGGAUAUGAUUCGGCUGGGUUUUGUUGACGGCUUUAUGACUUUACGAGCUCUAUGAUUGAUGAUUCCCGAGCAUUGGAGUUAUAGGCCGAGCAAGUGAAUGAAUGUUGAAUGCAAUCAUUCCAAUCUUAAAAAGUUCUGCCCAAGCUAUUUCCCCUAUCUGGUG